AUGGACCCUGAUGAGGAGGUUGUUGGAGGAGCUCGCCCUAAACGCCUUGCUCGUCCUCCAUCUUACCUACAGCAGUAUGAAGUACAGUAUACCCGAGGCAGACCUGUCGCUGAGGAUGACGUCUCUCACACCUGGGAGUCACCUGUCCAUCGGACUCCUCCCCCAUCCUUCCAGCCAUACAUCACCCCCCCUGGUGGUGACCUGGUCCGUUCUGAUAGCCCACGGAUUAUGUCCUCAGCUUAUCAGCCUUUCCAGCAGGCUGAAUUCCCUCAGCCAUCAUUUUCCUCACCUCAAGUUGCUGAUUUCAUUACCUCUGCACACGACAGCGAGCUUCAGCACCUGCGCCAUGAGCAUGCACAACUAAUGCAGAUUCAGCAGGCUUUCCAGGCAGACCUGAGGGAGCUGAGAGAAGUCCGUGCUGAAGUCAGAGAAUUAGUUCAAGUGGCUCAGUCCCUUCGAGCUGACCUCAAUCAAGUCAGAGGCCAGAAUCGUUCACUAGUCCAGCCAACAGCAUCACAGUUAUGCAGUCCACCUGGGAAGCCGCAUGACUCCACACCUUUAGCAGAGGAUGUAAAUUCUGCUGAGCUUCCCCCGCCAUGGCCUGAGCCGCAUGUUGACCUGAUGAACCAGGUGGGUGACCUUGCACUGUCUGACAUGGGUGCCACUAUUUACCAACCUGUGAUGCCAGAGACUAGAAAGUAUUCCUUCGUUUGCCCAGCUAUUCAACCACGCCCACCUCAGCCUGAUGCUCCGGAUGCUUUUGGACUUCCCCCACCUCCUACCCCUAAAGAGCUUAGGGAGUUACUCACCCCGGUGGCCAGACCUUUACCUGCUAACUGUACGUCAGUGCCUGUUUCCCCGCGAUUCAGCUCGGUCCCUGCUACUUCAAAUCCUCCAGGCUGUGCGCCAAAGGCAGAGCCCGGCCUGCGUCCUGUAGCCCCUUAUGCUGGGUCUGAAUAUGUGUACAGGGGACCUGCUCCUACGAUUCCUAAGUUCAGUCGGCCGGAUCCUGGUGAGUUUGCUCGUCUACGGAUAGCUCUGAAGAACCUGCUUCCCCCCGAUGGGACUGAACUUUUCAAAUAUCAGAUCUUAGUGGAUCACCUUAAGUUUGAGGAGGCUAGAAUGAUAGCAGAUGCUUAUCUGAACUCACCUACCCCAUUCACGGAUACCAUGGCCGCGCUCCAUGAUAAAUUUGGUCAGCCGCAUCAGUUAGCCUUAAGGAAGAUUGCUGGUGUCCUUGAAAGUCCCGACAUAAAGCGAGGGGAUAUCUCGGCCUUCCAGAAGUUUGCUCUCCAGGUGCAGUCCCUGGUGGGCCUAUUGAGAACCCUGGGACGUGACGGUGAGCUGGAGCUGAGUUGUGGGUCCCACGUCGCACGCCUUCUGAAUAAGCUACCCUCUGAGCAGCGAGCCGAGUUUCGCCGCCAUAUGUUCCGCCAACCUGGCACAACCCCUAAUCUAAUUGACUUUUCAAAUUGGCUCCGUUACGAAACUUGGUGCCACAGUUACGAUCCGGAGCCGAUGUCUAAGGGCUCACAUGCCAAGGCAGAUUCUGGGAAGAGGGCUGUGACCAUCCUGCAUGGAGUUGGAGAAUCCUCAGUUGGGACUUCCGUUCCUCGGAAAGGUCCUGUUUCGCAAACCAAACCUGCUAAAGUGAAACGAUAUUGUCCUUUCUGUGAUAAGACUGAGCAUUACCUGAGCCAGUGUGCAUCCUUUGCUAAGCUUACCUCCGACCAGGUCAGGACAUGGAUUCGGAGUAACAACCGUUGUUGGCGCUGUGCUAGGGCACAUCAUGCUGCUCAUUGUGACCUUAAAAAGCCCUGCAACCUCUGCCAGGGCACUCAUUUGCGCCCUCUCCAUGAAGUGAAUGUCAGUCCAUCCCCGAGGGAGGAUUCAACUAACACUGAAAAGAGUUGCCUGACGAAUUCUUCCCCAGAUAGGUUCUUUCUGGAUAAACCCUCUGUCAAAGGACGAGUUAUGCUCAAAGUGGUUCCGGUAAAUCUGCAUUAUGAGAAUCGCACCUUGGACACCUUUGCCCUUCUCGAUGAUGGGUCGGAAAGGACGAUUCUGCUCUCCACUGCAGUGAAAGCGUUGGGCAUUCAAGGUGUCCCAGAAGACCUUCCGUUGCGGACGGUGAAGGAUGAUAUUCAGGUUAUUCAGGGUUGUUCCAUUUCCUUUCACAUCUCUUCCCUCUGUAAACCUCAGACCAGUUAUAAGAUCAAUCAUGCCUUCACUGCCGAUCUUCUUAACCUGUCCCGCCAAUCUUACCCUGUGGAACAGCUACAACAGAAGUACAGACAUCUGCGUGGUCUCCCGAUCCGUACGCUUACAGAUGUUCAACCUUUACUUCUCAUCGGCUCUGAUCAGCCCCAUCUCAUAACCCCAACAGAGCCUGUUCGAUGGGGCGGCCGGGGUGCGCCAGCUGCAGUUCACACGCGCCUAGGAUGGACGCUCCAGGGUCCUAUACCUUCGAUGGGAUGUCCUCCUGGCCCGCGGCAAUGCCUACUGACCUCCAUGGCUCCGAUUCAGGAUGAGCUCCUUCAGAACGUUCAACGACUGUGGCAGUUGGAUAUGGUUCCACAGUGGGAAGGCAAAGAGGUAACCCGGUCCAAGCAGGAUCAGGAGGCACUUCAGCUGCUUGACCAGAAGACUCUCAUUCUAGAAAUGGAGGGAAUCCAUCGGUUGGCUACACCCCUGCUGCGGCGGAAGGACAUGCCUUUGUUGAAGGCACCUAAAGAAUCAGUUCUUCCUACCCUUCGUAGUGUGGAGAGGCGUCUGCUGAAGGACCCUCUAAAAGCAGAGGUCUAUGAAGAGGAAAUGAGGAAACUCAUUAAGACAGGAGCUGUUCGGGAGGUGACUGAUUUUAAACCUGACUCACCUGAAUGCUGGUACAUCCCCCACCACCUCGUUAGUCACAAUGGAAAGUGCCGCCUUGUCUUUAACUGCUCCUAUCAGUAUUACGGACAGAGCCUUAAUCAGUACCUGUUGCCAGGACCCACCCUCGGGGCCUCACUGUUGGGCGUCCUUAUCCGUUUCAGAGAACAUCCGGUGGCUGUGAGUGGGGAUAUUAAGGCGAUGUUCCAUCAGGUUCGCCUUAUUCCUGAGGACCGUCCCUUACUCCGUUUCCUUUGGCGGGACCUGAAAAUGGAUGAGGCACCCAAGAUUCUCGAAUGGCAAGUACUGCCCUUCGGCACGACGUCCAGUCCGUGCUGUGCCACCUAUGCACUGCAACGCCACGUCCGGCAGCAUCCCCUGACUGAUGAGGCAAUUCGGAAUUCAGUGGAGAGGUGUUUCUAUGUUGAUAAUUGCCUGCAGAGUCUACCUUCUGCCGAUGAGGCUCGGAGCUUGAUUGAUCGAUUACGGAAUAUCCUUUCUGCAGGUGGCUUCGAGAUCCGCCAGUGGGCCUGCAGUAAUCCUACUGUGUUAAGUCAUCUACCAUCUGACGCCCGAGCUGCAAGUGUAGAGCUGUGGUUAACACAGGAAAAGUCAGACAUUCCUGAGUCAACGCUAGGUCUGAGCUGGAACUGGCAGACGGACACUUUGUCCUACAAACACCGACCUGUGAUUUACGAAACCCCCACUUUGAGAAACAUCUAUAAGGUCCUCGCUACCCAGUACGACCCACUGGGAUGGCUUCUACCGUACACGACUAGGGCGAAAGUCAUCAUUAAGCAGCUGUGGAACAAGCAGAGGGGGUGGGAUGACCCCAACCUGCCACCUGAGCUCCUCCAGUCCUGGUGUGCAUGGGAGGAAGAACUCCAAUACCUUUCUUGUAUCUCCUUUCCACGGCCUUAUGUCCCUCCUGAGGUUGGGAUGGAUGGAGUUACCCAUGAGGUACAUAUCUUCUCGGAUGCCUCCGAGCAGGCGUAUGGAGCGGUGGCUUAUCUGCGGACUACCGACCAGGAAGGUCAGACCUACCUGUCCUUCAUUAUCGCACGCUCCCGUGUCACUCCUAAACGAGCUCACUCCAUUCCAAGACUGGAACUCUGCGGAAGUCUAGUGGCCGCACAGUUGGCAAAGUUACUGGAAAAUGAGCUAACACUACACGUCAGGUCUAUUUCUCUGUGGACAGACUCUACCACGGUCCUCCAAUGGUUGAAGUCUGAGUCCUGUCGCUACAGGGUCUUCGUGGGGAACAGAAUCGCUGAGAUCCAGGAGCUGACAGACAAGUGCUCUUGGCAUUAUGUAGGCUCGGCGGACAAUCCUGCUGAUGACCUCACAAAAGGACGACCUCUCCAGUACCUGGCUGCACCGAAUAGAUGGUCCCAAGGCCCCGCUUUCCUGCUUCAGGAUCCCAAAGAAUGGCCAGCAAUUCCUAAGUCUGAAACCAGGGUAGACCAAGUUGAACUGCGGAAAUCUACCUUCUGUGGCAUCAAUACCUCACCUUCCCCUUUCGGCAAUACCGAUGGAUGGAACUACAACACCUGGCAGGAACUACUGGAUGGUGCCGCCCAGGAACAUAGGAGCAACUUGGUCCCUGGGACUUCUCCAGAGGCUGAGGAUUACCGCCAGGUUGAGAUUCAUAUCCUCAGACAGGUACAGCAGGAAUCCUUCCCUGAGGAUUAUAAACUGUUAGGAACUGGAAAGCCGGUUAGGUCUGGGAGUCGACUAGUUACCCUAGCUCCGGAAAUGGAUCACUCCUGUGGUCUGAUAAGGGUGGGAGGUCGUUUACGCAGGGUGUCUGGCAUCGAGGAUUCCGUUUUACAUCCUCUGGUCCUGGAUCCUAGUCACCCCGUCAGUCGUUUGAUCAUUCAGCAUUAUGAUGACAAGUUACAUCACCCUGGAUCUGAACGGUUAUUCGGGGAGAUACGGCGAUACUACUGGAUCCUCCGAGGACGUGAAGCUGUCCGGCGUUUUCAGCGCGACUGCCCCGAAUGCCAACGGUGGAGGGCCCAACCGGCAAUCCCUAAGAUGGCGGAUUUACCUUCUGCGCGACUCCAGCUUUAUAAACCUGCCUUUCAUUCUUGUGGAGUGGACUGCUUUGGACCCCUGCUUGUCAAGAUUGGGAGGCGCACCGAAAAGCGUUGGGGUAUCCUCUUCAAAUGUCUGACCACAAGGGCUAUCCAUUUAGACCUUCUCCCUAGCAUGAGUACGGACUCAUUCCUCAUGGCUCUUAGAAGGUUUAUCGCAAGAAGAGGAACACCCAGGGAAUUAUGGUCGGAUCAGGGUACGAACUUCCGUGGGGGUCAAAGGGAGUUACGUGAAGCUUAUGCUGUAUUGCUUCCUGACAUCCAGAGUCAACUGGCCUGCCAACAGAUCCACUUCCACUUUAAUCCUCCAUCAGCCCCCCAUUUUGGUGGAGCUUGGGAAAGGGAGGUAAGGUCAGUUAAAUCAGCCCUGUACACAGUUUUGGGUUCACAGUCAGUCUCCGAGGAAGUCUUAAUGACAGUCUUGCUGGAGGUCGAAUCCAUCCUCAACUCAAAACCCUUGGGGUAUGUCUCGUCAGACGUGGCAGAUGCGGACCCGGUAACGCCAAACAGUCUCCUCAUGGGGCGGCCCGAUGGAUCUUUGCCUCAAGUCGUGUACCCCGAGUCAGAGAUGCUGAGUCGCCGGCACUGGAGACACUCCCAGGUCCUAGCGGACCGAUUCUGGUCCAGGUUCAUACGGGACUACCUCCCUAGCCUCCAAACCCGACAGAAAUGGCACGCUUCUCCUCCUGACCUAAAGGAGCAGACAUUCGUUUUGAUUGUAGACCCCCAACUACCUCGGAGUCUAUGGCCUGUAGGACAAGUGGUCAAGACCCACCAAAGCCCAGAUGGUCAUAUCAGGUCAGCUGAUGUACUGAUUAAGGGUCAAGUUUAUACCCGACCGGUUGCCCGCCUGGUCAUCCUGCCGGCCUUACCAAAGGAUAGGCCCCCAACACUGACUGGUUAAGUCACACUUCAUGGAAACAAAGAUGCUCUGCAUCUUUGGGGGCGGCUGUAUUGAAGGCUUCUGCGAGAGGGACUUUUGUUAUGAAACUGUAGUUGCAGUAAUAUUGCGAAAGAGGGCAGCGUAGUUCAUGAGCUGCCGUUGUUUUGCUGAGUUCGUGUGAUCUGAUCAAGCCACCGGCUGAAAGGAUGAGGAUUCUUAGUUUGUUUAUGGCAACUGCUGCAGAUUCAUCAUCAAGGUGUUAGUCGCUGACCACAAAACUAUCUACACGUCUUGACUGUACAUCUGUGGCACUAUCUUCUACUGCCAAUACACAGUUAAACUUCGAUCACCU